AUGCACUGUGGAGCUCUGUGCUGUUUCCUGCUGCUCUGGUCCUAUCUGAUAGAUGCGGCACCCAUCCAUGAUGUUCAGGAUGACACCAAAACCCUCAUCAGGACGAUCGCCACCAGGAUCACUGACAUUUCCCACAAGCCAUCUGUCUCCUCCAAGCAGAGAGUCACCGGUUUGGAUUUCAUCCCUGGCCUUCACCCUGACCUGAGUCUGUCUGCGAUGGACCAGACGCUGGCCACCUACCAGCAGAUCCUCGCCAACCUGCCUUCCAGAAACGUCGUCCAGAUCACCAACGACCUGGAGAAUCUCCGGGACCUCCUGCGCCUACUGGCCACCUCCAAGAACUGCCCCUUGCCCAAGGCGUGGGAACUGCAGGCAUUGGAGAGCCUGGAUGGGCUCCUGGAAGCCUCACUCUUCUCCACGGAGGUGGUGGCCCUAAGCAGGCUGCAGGGCUCUCUGCAGGACAUGCUGCGACAGCUUGACUUCGGCCUCGGGUGCUAAGACCC